UGAAGCGUGUGGUGUACUCGUACUGGGAGGAAAGACCAAAGGAGUUGGACAGUGGGUACCGCAUUAUUUUUGCCAUUAUUUUUGUAGGUAUUUAUAAUGGAUGACGAAGCAGAAACCUAUAAAUUGUGGAGGGUUAGAAAGACAGUUAUGCAGCUGUGCCACGAUCGUGGAUAUCUAGUUACUCAAGAUGAAUUGGACCAAACUUUGGAACAAUUCAAAGAACAGUUUGGGGACAAACCGAGUGAAAAAAGGCCUGCUAGAAGUGAUCUGAUUGUUCUUGUUGCUCAUAAUGAUGAUCCAACAGAUCAGAUGUUUGUCUUUUUCCCUGAUGAACCUAAGAUUGGAAUUAAGACAAUUAAAACUUAUUGUCAGAGAAUGCAAGAAGAAAAUAUUCACCGUGCAAUUAUUGUAGUGCAGCAAGGAAUGACACCUUCUGCAAAACAGUCACUGGUUGACAUGGCACCAAAAUACAUUUUGGAGCAUUUCUUGGAGUCUGAACUGCUGAUCAACAUCACAGAGCAUGAACUGGUACCUGAGCAUGUCGUAAUGACGCCAGAAGAAAAGCAAGAGUUGCUCGCAAGAUAUAAACUGAAAGAAAACCAACUGAUGCGCAUCCAGGCUGGUGACCCUGUUGCUCGCUACUUUGGAUUGAAAAGAGGGCAGCAAAUUGAAGGAGAACCAACUUCCUCGGAUUCAGACAGGCGAUCCUAUUUGUCGAUACUUUGGUCUUCGUCGGGGACAGGUGGUGAAAAUUAUCAGGCCUUCCGAAACAGCUGGUCGGUAUAUUUCAUACCGGCUGGUAUGUUAACUGCAACUGGUGAUAGAAUGCUAAUUUCUUGUUAUUCAUUCUGUCUUAAGUUGAAAAUGUAACAUAAGGUUUUUGUAAAUAAAUGAUGCCUAUUUUAUGUA